CGCUCGCUCUCCGUCCGCCUGGCUCCCGGGUCCCCUCUCCCCACGUCCGGGGCCUCGGCUUCCUCUCCCGCACCUGGGCGCACGCACGCACCUGCUGGGGCCGCUCCCGCUCCUUCCGCUCCCGCUCCCGCUCCCUCCUUUCCCCGCCGGGCCGGGAGGCUCGGGCCGGGCUGCGGGCGCCUCGCGGCUGCGUCACCGCCGCCCCCCAGACAAGAUGGACACCGCCGAGGAAGACAUAUGCAGAGUGUGUCGGUCAGAAGGAACACCUGAGAAACCUCUUUAUCAUCCUUGUGUGUGCACUGGCAGUAUUAAGUUCAUCCAUCAGGAAUGCUUAGUUCAGUGGCUGAAACAUAGUCGGAAAGAAUACUGUGAAUUAUGCAAGCACAGAUUUGCUUUUACACCAAUUUAUUCUCCAGAUAUGCCUUCACGGCUUCCAAUCCAAGACAUAUUUGCUGGACUGGUUACAAGCAUUGGCACUGCAAUACGAUAUUGGUUUCAUUAUACACUCGUUGCCUUUGCAUGGUUGGGAGUUGUUCCUCUUACAGCAUGCCGCAUCUACAAGUGCUUGUUUACUGGCUCCGUGAGCUCACUACUGACACUGCCACUAGACAUGUUGUCAACGGAGAAUUUGUUGGCGGAUUGUUUGCAAGGUUGUUUUGUGGUGACAUGCACACUGUGUGCAUUUAUCAGCCUGGUGUGGCUACGAGAGCAGAUAGUCCAUGGAGGAGCACCCAUUUGGCUGGAGCAUGCUGCCCCACCCUUCAAUGCUGCCGGGCACCAUCAAAAUGAGGCUCCAGCAGGAGGAAAUGGUGCAGACAAUGUGGCUGCCGACCAGCCUGCUAACCCGCCAGCUGAGAAUGCAGUGGUUGGGGAGAACCCAGAAGCACAGGAUGACCAGGCAGAAGAGGAGGAGGAAGACAACGAGGAGGAAGAUGAUGCAGGUGCGGAAGAUGCUGCGGAGGCUAACAAUGGAGCCCAAGAUGACAUGAACUGGAACGCUUUAGAAUGGGACCGGGCUGCAGAGGAGCUGACAUGGGAAAGAAUGCUAGGACUUGAUGGGUCACUAGUUUUUCUGGAACAUGUCUUCUGGGUGGUAUCUUUAAAUACACUGUUCAUUCUUGUUUUUGCAUUUUGCCCUUAUCAUAUUGGUCACUUCUCUCUUGUUGGUUUGGGAUUUGAAGAACAUGUUCAAGCAUCUCAUUUUGAAGGCUUAAUCACAACCAUUGUUGGAUAUAUACUCUUAGCAAUAACACUGAUAAUUUGUCAUGGUUUGGCAACGCUUGUGAAAUUUCAUAGAUCUCGUCGCUUGCUAGGAGUCUGCUAUAUUGUUGUUAAGGUCUCUUUGUUAGUGGUGGUAGAAAUUGGAGUGUUUCCUCUCAUUUGUGGCUGGUGGCUGGAUAUCUGUUCUUUGGAAAUGUUUGAUGCUACGCUGAAAGAUCGAGAACUGAGUUUUCAGUCAGCUCCAGGGACUACAAUGUUUCUUCAUUGGCUUGUUGGGAUGGUGUAUGUAUUCUACUUCGCCUCCUUCAUACUGUUACUGAGAGAGGUACUUCGACCUGGUGUUUUAUGGUUUCUAAGGAAUUUGAAUGAUCCAGAUUUUAACCCAGUACAGGAAAUGAUCCACUUACCUAUUUAUAGACAUCUCCGAAGAUUUAUUUUGUCAGUGAUUGUCUUUGGCUCCAUCGUACUCCUGAUGCUUUGGCUUCCCAUACGUAUAAUUAAAAGCCUACUGCCUAAUUUUCUUCCCUACAAUGUCAUGCUCUACAGUGAUGCUCCAGUGAGCGAACUAUCCCUUGAGCUGCUUCUGCUUCAGGUUGUCUUGCCAGCGUUACUGGAGCAGGGACACACAAGGCAGUGGCUGAAGGGCCUUGUGCGAGCAUGGACGGUUACCGCUGGAUACUUGCUGGAUCUUCAUUCCUACUUACUGGGUGACCAGGAAGAAAAUGAGAACAGUGCAAAUCAACAAGUUAACAAUAACCAGCAUGCUCGAAAUAAUGCUAUUCCUGUGGUUGGGGAAGGCUUGCAUGCAGCCCACCAAGCCAUACUCCAGCAAGGCGGUCCUGUCGGCUUUCAGCCUUACCGCCGGCCUUUAAAUUUCCCACUCAGGAUAUUUCUGUUGAUUGUCUUCAUGUGCAUAACAUUACUGAUUGCCAGCCUCAUCUGCCUUACUUUACCAGUAUUUGCUGGCCGUUGGUUAAUGUCGUUUUGGACGGGGACUGCCAAGAUCCACGAGCUGUACACAGCUGCCUGCGGCCUCUACGUGUGUUGGCUGACCAUCAGGGCCGUGACGGUGCUGGUGGCUUGGAUGCCCCAGGGCCGCAGAGUCAUCUUCCAGAAGGUUAAAGAAUGGUCCCUCAUGAUAAUGAAGACUUUAAUAGUCGCCGUACUGCUGGCUGGAGUGGUUCCACUCCUUUUGGGGCUCCUGUUUGAGCUGGUUAUUGUUGCUCCCCUGAGGGUUCCUUUGGAUCAGACGCCUCUUUUUUAUCCAUGGCAGGACUGGGCACUGGGAGUCCUGCAUGCCAAAAUCAUCGCAGCGAUCACAUUGAUGGGUCCGCAGUGGUGGCUAAAAACUGUAAUUGAACAGGUCUAUGCAAAUGGCAUCCGGAACAUUGACCUUCACUAUAUCAUUCGUAAAUUGGCAGCUCCAGUGAUCUCUGUGCUCUUGCUUUCCCUCUGUGUACCUUAUGUCAUCGCUUCUGGCAUUGUCCCUCUACUAGGGGUUACUGCGGAAAUGCAAAACUUAGUCCACCGGCGGAUUUACCCAUUUUUACUCAUGGUUGUGGUACUGAUGGGAAUCCUGUCCUUCCAGGUCCGCCAAUUUAAGCGCCUUUAUGAACAUAUUAAAAAUGACAAAUACCUUGUUGGGCAACGCCUGGUGAACUAUGAACGGAAAUCUGGCAAGCAAGGCACGUCCGCACCACCUCCACAGUCAUCCCAAGAAUAAAGUGGUUGUCUCAACUCCUUGACCUUCCCCUUGCCUUUACGUGUCCUUUUUUGUGGACUUCUCACUUUGGAGAUUUCCCCCGUGAUCUCUCAGCAUUGUUUUUAAGUUCCGUGUACUUGACUUACGUCCUCCGCACUCAGAGAGCAGCUGUCAGGCUCCGCUGCUCUCCCUGCACCUGCCGCCAUCACUGCUGUCUGAGAUCUGUAUAUGUGUAAAUAGAAGCUCCCCGAUGCCCCGAAACCUUGGAUUAAACAGAAUGUGCAUUGUACAUCUUUAAACAAAAUGUAUAUUAAUUUAUUAAAUCUGGUUGUCACUUUAUUUUGGACCUGCUGUGAUCUCGACAGGAAAUGUGCCACAGAGCAGUUUGUGCACAGGCGAGACUUGCCACUGGCGCCCUGGAGCGGUGGGUGGUGGUGUAGCAAUCCCAGGUGAACUGUCCAUUGUUCUUUCUCCACUGUCCAGACCUUACCGAGGACCUAGAUGGAAGCGAGCAGAGCUCUGCCGUGGGGAGUGAGUGUCUGUGGUGAGCAAACGUGAACCUUGUGCUUCACUGGCAGUCGUUUGGGGGAAAUUCUUUUGUAUAACACCAAAGCUGUUGUACAUUUUCUACUGCCUGAUUUUUUUUCAUGUGUCUGUGUUUGUAAUAUUGUAUAGUAUCUUGUGCUAGGUGAAGAAAUUGUUUUACAUUUUGAUAAUUUAAUAUUCCUAAUGAUCGGCAUUGGGAGUUGGGUUUUGUGCUUGUUAGGGGCAUGUCUAUAACGUAGGAAGAUAAAAAGUACAAGUGGAGAUUUCCAUUAGUUUCCCUCCUCCUUCCAUGCAGCUCUCCUUCUUUUGUUGUUAGCAGCCACCGAAACAGGCAGGCGUGCACGAUCGUAAAUCUCAAGCGUGACAGGGCCAGUCACGCCACUCCUGGCCGGAUGGGGCAGUGCUUGGAUUCCUAGGAAGUACUGAUCCUGGCUGUGGUCUUGAUAGAACUAGAGAAGUCAGGCUGGAGCCCUGCCCUGCUGCUUAGUGAAGUAGUGGGAGGGCAAAUAGGAGAGGACGUUUCUCUUGUAUUUGCACCAGUGAUCCCAAAGUUUCCACAGCUUUUUGUUUACAGAAUAAAACCGCAAAUAAAAACCAACUCUGUUUUAUUUCCCCAGAAGGAAGUUGGCUGAGCUGGCCUUUUAACAUAGGAAUGUAUUCAUUGAGACUGUGCUAUACAAUCUCAAGAGGGCUGAGUGCUAAAAUCUGGUUUGAAGAGUAGAGGACUGGAAUGCUUAGCACAUGAUCUAAGUAUUCAGUGAUAUAAUGAAGGAAAGGAUAGUGUUGGUUUGUGAGUGACACUGUGGCUCUUCAGGAACUAUAAAUGGAUUUCCAUAUAGUAUUACAGGCUAAAAAUGAGGGAAACGUGGGGUUUUUAAAAAAUGAUUUUUCCCUAAGCAAUAAGCAAAUGCUUUAAAAUAUGUUUUGAACAUCAGUAUAUAAGAAAAUGGUUGACAUAGGAGUCAGUGUUACUUAACACCAUGUCACUUUUUAGUGGCCUUUGUCUUGUAUUGGGAAUGAGGUCUUUGCUAGCCAGCCCUGCCUUCAUUCAGAAAUGUCGUCCCCUGCAGACGAUUAGCAGCGUUUUAGAUGUGAUGCCUGGUGGUGUAUGUCCAUAUAAGCUGAUCUCUUUGAAAAUCAGUGAUUUGGGCAGGUGGCUUAAUUUCGCUUUUUGAAUGGAAUUUUAAAGGAUUUCUCUAAGUCUUGAUAAAAAGUUGGUAGAAUGCAUUAACAGAGCUCUAGGCAGAUCCCACAAGUUAAAAGUUGUUUGUGCUGUGACAUUUUAAGUGAAUCCUUACCAGACAUUGCGUUUUCCAUUGGCAGAUAGCUCUGUGUUGUCUUAGUGAAGAAUGCCCCGAGGCGUCGUGUGCCGUCCUGCUGUUUUCAGAAAGAUGGCUCCUCUGGUGAGGAGGAAAGCACGCCUGCCCACCACCCGGCAGUCCUGAGUGUUCAGACGCCACCGUUGAGAAGGGGCUCGUGCUGCCCUUCUCCACACAGGACGAGCAGCCGUGGCAGGGUCACCCCACUUUUCCAUUAGGCUAACCCGUCUGCAGGAGGCUUAUCGACUAGAAAAGACGACUUCUUUGCUUUCUGUUUACUGUGUAGAAACUCAAGACAAAUCAACCUUUAGGGUGGGUUUCAGGUCCAGUUAUCAAAUGGUCACGGUAUGAAGCCUGCAGUUGUUCAUUAUUAGGAAAUUAUGUUUGAUUUUUAAACUAUAAAGUACUAAUAGUCGAGACGAAAAGGAGCAAAAUGCCAAUUGAAGUGUUUGUAUAACCUUAGAGCUCCAUGUUUUUAGGUUUUGAUUUUUAUUGUUGCCUAUUCUCUGGUGAAACAAAGGAGACAUCUCAACUCCACAUGUAAAGAAGUUAUUUUUAUUUCAACACUUAAUAGAACUGCUGUUACUGGAAUCUUUUUCUUUUCCUCAUACAAAUAACAGAGAAUAACUUUCUCUCCAAUGAUUUGAUCCCAGGUAUGUCAUUUCUGUAUUGGCAAAAUACUAUUAAAGAAUAAUUCUUGAAUUUAAAUUGAAUUGAUGACUUUGUAAAAACAAAACAAAAACACUGGACAUUUCUAUACUGUAUUAUGUUUGUGCACAUAUACAAACACAAACUAGACUAGUGCCAUUAUGUUAACGACUGGCACUUAAUUUCACAAGCAAGCUACUUUUCAUUUUCAGGGUUAUCAAGUUGUUUACUGUGAUACAUUGUUUUUACAUUGUAAAAUUCAAUUAAAGUACCCCUCCAGGAUGUUACUCAGUUAUUAUCAAGAAAGGACAAACCCUAAAGUGUCUUACCACUGGAGUAUUAUUAAAAAGCCUCAUUUGUGGAGAUUGCUCUUCUUUGAUAAGCUGUCUUGUACCUAUCUACUCACUAAGUUUUCCACCUGUCAGUUUUUUCUCCAGCUGUUACUGUUCUAUGCCAGUUUUUUAAAAAAACUAUCAUGAGUAAGGGCUUCUUUUAAAUAACCCCCCAAUGAUACCUUUGGCAUUAAAAAUAACAUGAAGACUAUGUCUCUGUAUGUAGAUAGAUAUAGAGGUAAUGUUUCUAUUCCUGUCUUGUUUUGUCUGAGUGCCUUUUUGUAGUCAUGAAAGCAAUUGAGUAUGCUAGACGAAAAUGUAAUAACUAAGGCGUAGGAAUGACUGUGUAGAGUCUCACUAGAACAUUUAGUGAUUUGGAAUGUCAGUUUGCUUUUACAUCAAACAUCUUAGAUACCCAGACCAAUUUUAUGUGUAUAUAUUUAAAAAUGCUCCCUUUUUAAUGUGGUCAUCUGUUGCCUUCUGAGAGGAGAGAACAAAAUUGAAUAAAGUGAAUGUUAGUUGUAGUUA